AUGUGUGAUGAAGAUAGAGGUGCUCUUCGCGAGGCAAUAAACACAGUUAAAGAAAGGGUGGAGGCGGUUAGAAGGAAUGACAAGUUCGAUACGUUUGGCAUUUUCGUGGCUCAAAACCUGAGAGAUAUGGACGAAGCGAAAGCUCAAGAGAAGAUACAUGUCAUAGUAACGACUCUGGUGACGGAAGUUAGACAUGUCACUACACUGCAGGAAUUUCGCCAGUGCUUAGAAGAGGCAUAUCGAUCUAAGAGCAGUCUGCCAAUCCAAGUAGUCAAGCACUACGAAGACAAUGUAAGAGAACCAUCUCCCGAAGAAUGA